UACUUUGUAUGUUCCAAAACAGAACCUUCACAUCACUUCCCCCACACUCCCUGGAGUGAGAAGCACAAGCUCUCAAUGUGAGAACAGUUUGCAUGGGGACAGAUUUCCUCUAAACGAUUAUAGCUGUAGGGACUAUUGUGUGAAUGAAUGGGACUAUGGCUAUGUCAUUCACUCAAGUGUGUAUUGGAGGCUAGAGGUCCUAGACUGAACCUCUGGGCAUGCCAUUCAUUCUGCCAUGGUUUGGCAGGAACUUCAUAACCCCUAAUCCAACUCCUCAGGGAGGAGCAGCCCACCUCCUCUUUGUUUUGACUUUCCCUGGAGAUUAUUUGCUCUGUUGCUCAUGGGGCACAUGUGUGAAAGCAGCUGAAGUGCCAUUCCAAGCCUUUAGCCUUUCUCUUGGGCUGCUGUGUUUUUCAGUGACUGGCUAAACCUGCUGUUACAGGCAUCCCUAUUCAAGAGACCCUGCUGAGGUGGUGUUUGUGAGUAUUUAGUUUUGAGGAAGUUGAAGACGCUCCCAACAGCCUGCUCUCUUCUGCAUGUGAAAAAUGCAAAAACAAAGCCUUAGACUUGACUACAGAGAGGGGGAGGGGGGAUGAGAGAGAACCUUUUAAACACACCCAAAUGACCCAUCUCUACUUAGCAUGAAUCUUAGCAAGUUACACCCACAUUCUGAGCCAGAAGUGGAAUGAAAGACUCACACUUCCUCAUUUUUUGUUGUUGGCUGGAUCUGAGCGCUUUGUGAAAUGAGACCAGAGGAUAUGUUGGUGCUACUGAUUAAUGGUUUUUGGCAUAUAUUCACAGGCUCCGACAAGACGGUAAUGGAGUCAUUGGGUGGCAGCUGGUGACAGAUUCUGCAGUUCCAGUAACUGCUCAUUUUAAUAGCAUUUGCAGUUAUAUACAUCUAUAUCCCACAUUUCUUUUGGAGAAAGUAGUGCAGCAUACCAGUGCUGUCUUGUAAGACCCUUAAACCAUGGGAAAUGCAGAGAGCCAAAAUGUAGAACAUCAAUUUUAUGGAGAGAAACAUGCCAGCUUGGGAAGAAAACAUACAUCACGUUCCCUUCGCCUUUCGAACAAAGCAUCUCGCCGGACCAGACAUGCUUCCUCAGGAAAAAUUAUUCACAGGAAUUCAGAAGUAAGCACACGAUCUAGCAGUACUCCUAGUAUUCCUCAGUCUUUAGCAGAGAAUGGCCUGGAGCCCUUUACCCAAGAAGCCAACUUGGAGGAUUUUGGAAGCCCAAUCUGGGUAGACAGGAUGGAUAUGGGCUUAAGGCCAGUUUCUUACCACACUGAUUCUUCGGUUACUCCCAGCGUGGAUAGCAGCACAGUCCUCAUGGCAGCCUCAGUACAGAGUAUGCCAAAUUCGGAAAGCGGUAGACUUUAUGGAGAUGAAUCAACAUAUCUGGCUGAAGGAGGUAGCAGGCAGCAUUCGUAUUCAACAAAUGGGACCAAUUUCUUGGAGCCUAUAAGUUUCAAGAAGAAGCGUUCAAAAUCUGCGGAUAUAUGGCGUGAGGACAGUUUGGAAUUUUCACUCUCUGAUCUCAGUCAAGAACAUUUGACAAGCAACGAAGAAAUCCUAGGCUCUACUGAGGAGAAGGAAAGUGAGGAGACUCGAGGGAGAGAGGCGGGCAGCAGUCGCCAGCCUUUGGUCCCCUGCCAGCGCGCCAAUUCCAUGAGUGACUUGUAUUCUCCAAAAAACUCAAAUGCGAUCAAUGGGGGUCCACGAAAUACGCUAGGAGGGUACUGUCGGAAUUUAAUGUCUCAUAUCCCAGAUAUGGAGAACCACAAAAUGUCACCAGCCACUACAGAGAAUGUUCCUUCUUACAGUAAUUACAACACGCUCCCCUGCAGGAAAUCUCAUUGCCUCUCGGAAGGAAUCACUCACCCAAAAAUGAGCCAUAGCAACAGUAUGCAUGGCAGACGAGCAAAAACAACUCAGGAUGUCAAUGCAGGCGAAGGGAGUGAAUUUGCAGACAGUGGGAUUGAGGGGGCAACGACUGACACGGACCUCCUUUCUAGACGUUCCAAUGCCACAAAUUCCAGCUACUCUCCAACGACCAGCCGGGCCUUUGCUGGCAGCGACAGUGGCAGUUCUUCUACUGGAGAUGGGGCUCGUCAGGGAGUCUAUGAGAACUUUCGGAGGGAGUUGGAGAUGAGUAGCACCAAUGAUAACUUGGAUGAAGCUGGAUCUGCCCUGAGCGAUGAGCAGAGCAGUGGGACUUUGAGUUCCCCAGGACAGUCUGACAUCCUUCUUACAGCAGGCCAGGGGACGGUACGGAAAGCAGGAGCGCUUGCAGUGAAGAACUUUCUCGUACACAAAAAGAACAAGAAGGUGGAGUUAGCUGCACGGAGGAAAUGGAAGCAGUACUGGGUUUCUUUAAAAGGAUGCACAUUAUUCUUCUACGAAAGUGAUGGCAGAUCUGGAAUAGACCACAACAGCAUCCCAAAACAUGCUGUCUGGGUGGAAAACAGCAUAGUGCAAGCAGUGCCUGAGCACCCAAAGAAAGACUAUGUUUUCUGCCUCAGCAAUUCCCUUGGAGAUGCUUUUCUGUUUCAGACUUCUAGUCAAACGGAACUGGAGAACUGGAUUACAGCAGUUCAUUCUGCUUGCGCGACUGCAGUGGCCCGACAGCACCACAAAGAAGACACUGUCAAGCUGUUGAAAACAGAGAUUAAAAAACUGGAGCAGAAGAUUGAUAUGGACGAGAAGAUGAAGAAAAUGGGGGAAAUGCAUUUCCUCAGUUUGUCUUCUGUCAGAGACUCCAAGAAGAAGAAGACAAUUCUUGAUCAGAUCUUUGUUUGGGAACAAAACCUGGAACAGUUCCAAAUGGAUCUCUUUCGGUAUCGUUGCUACUUAGCUAGCCUCCAGGGCGGGGAACUGCCAAAUCCAAAAACGUUGCUCGCGUUUGCAAGUCGCCCAACUAAAGAUGCAAUGGGCCGUCUUGGAAUCUUUUCAGUGUCUUCUUUUCAUGCACUGGUGGCUGCUCGCACAGGCGAAUCUGGUGUCAGGAGAAGAACACAGGUGAUGUCGAGAUCAGCAAGCAAACGGAGAAGCCGUUUCUCAUCCCUUUGGGGUUUGGACACCACUUCAAAGAAAAAGCAAGGGAGACCAAGCAUUAAUCAGGUGUUUGGUGAAGGAGCUGAUUCUGUAAAGAAAUCUUUAGAAGGAAUAUUUGAUGACACUGUUCAAGAAAGCAAGAGAGAAAAAGAAGUGGCACUCACCACAGUCCACCCACAUAAUCCUGAUUCUGACAUCUGGGUCCAUGAGUAUUUUACACCAUCCUGGUACUGCCUGCCAAAUAACCAGUCUGCCCUGACGGUAGUCCACCCAGGGGACACAACAAGGGAUGUCCUCGAAAUGAUUUGUAAGGCACAUCAGCUGGAUUACUCAGCUCACUAUCUACGUCUUAAGUUCCUGACGGGAAACCAUAUGCAAGCCUACAUACCAAAGCCAGAAGAGGAUAUUUAUGAAUUGUUGUAUAAAGAAAUUGAAAUCUGCGAGAAAAUUACACAGAAAAUUCGGAUUGAAAAAUCUGACAUGUCAUCUGAUAACUAUGGCUUUUCUCUGUCCUCUGUGGAAGAAGAGGGGAUUCGGCGGCUCCAUGUAAACAGCGUCAAAGAGACAGGCCUGGCUUUCAAAAAAGGCCUGAAAGCUGGUGAUGAGAUCGUUGAAAUCAAUAAGAAAGCUGCUGAAGACUUGAAUUCAGCCAUGCUAAGAGAUGUUCUUGUUCAGCCUUCUCUGUGCCUUACAGUACGGACUUAUCCAGAGAGAGAGGCAGGGCAGAAACUAACGCAGCUGCCGCAACGCCGCACAGAUGGUUCACUCGACUCGACCGACAGUCCACUGCGAUCUGUUGGCAAUAGCCAAGGACACUUGUUCUGCAAUGAUCAGGACAGCUGUGCUGAGACAACUCCAGAAGAGGCAGAAGUGCAUGUCUUGGAGUCCUCCAGUGAGGGUGAUAAAACUGGCAAGAGCACAGAACAGGUUGCUGCUUUUUGUCGCAGUCUUCAUGAGAUGAAUUCGUCUGACUCUUGUGUGACCCCUCAGGAAUUUACUGGGCCUCAGCAAGCCGCUACAAGACAGCUAACCGAUGCUGACAAACUGCGCAAGGUUAUUUGUGAACUCCUUGAAACAGAACGCACAUAUGUCAAGGAUUUAAAUUGUCUCAUGGAGAGAUACCUGAUGCCUCUGCAAAAGGAAACGUUCCUCACUCAAGAAGAGCUUGACGUCCUCUUUGGAAACUUGACCGAAAUGGUGGCAUUUCAGGUUGAAUUCCUGAAAACGCUUGAAGAUGGGGUGAGGUUGGUUCCAGAUCUGGAAAAGCUUGAGAAAGUUGACCAGUUUAAAAAAGUGUUAUUUUCCUUGGGUGGGUCAUUCCUUUAUUAUGCUGAUCGUUUCAAGCUCUACAGUGCCUUUUGUGCCAGCCAUACAAAAGUUCCAAAAGUUCUUGUGAAAGCUAAAACAGACACUGCGUUUAAGGCUUUUUUGGAUGCUCAGAAUCCCAGACGACAACACUCGUCGACGUUAGAGUCGUACCUCAUCAAACCCAUCCAGAGGAUAUUGAAGUACCCUCUUUUGCUGAAAGAACUCUUUGCCCUCACUGAUGCAGACAGUGAAGAGCAUUACCACCUGGAUGUGGCCAUAAAAACAAUGAACAAAGUUGCCAGCCAUAUUAAUGAAAUGCAGAAAAUCCAUGAAGAAUAUGGUGCUGUGUUUGACCAGCUCAUUGCAGAGCAAACAGGAGACAAAAAAGAGGUUGCAGAUCUUUCUAUGGGAGACUUACUUUUGCACACCACAGUCAUCUGGCUUAAUCCUCCCACAUCGCUCGGGAAGUGGAAAAAGGAACCUGAAUUGGCAGCAUUUGUAUUCAAAACUGCUGUGGUUCUUGUCUAUAAAGAUGGCUCCAAACAGAAGAAAAAAUUGGGAGGAUCACACAGGGCUUCAAUAUACGAAGACUCAGACCCAUUCCGUUUCCGUCACAUGAUUCCUUUAGAAGCUCUGCAAGUUCGGGCACCGGCAAGCGCAGACGCAGAGGCCAAUUCUGUCUGUGAGAUUGUUCAUGUGAAAUCUGAGUCUGAAGGCAGGCCAGAGAGGUCAUUCCACCUUUGUUGUAGUUCCCCAGAUCACCGGAAGGACUUUCUGAAGUCUAUUCACUCAAUAUUACGUGACAAGCACAGAAGGCAGCUUCUUAAAACUGAAAGUUUGCCUUCAUCCCAGCAGUAUGUUCCUUUUGGAGGAAAAAGACUGAGUGCUUUAAAAGGUGCAAGGCCAGCUAUGAACAGGGCAGUGUCUGCCCCAAGCAAGUCUCUUGGGAGGCGGAGGAGGAGGCUGGCUCGAAACAGAUUUACCAUUGAUUCAGACGCUGUGUUCGCCAGCAGUCCCGAAAAAGAGUCCCAGCAGACCAACAACAAGGACACUGACCGCUGGGUAGAAGAACAGUUUGACCUCGGCCAGUACGAAGAGCAAGAGGACAUUAAAGAAACCGACAUUCUCAGUGACGACGACGAAUACUGCGAGCCUCUGAGGAGCACCAUGGUGGAAAAAGAACUUCAGGAGCAGCUACAAGCGGCUUCCAUUACAAGCAGCCAGUCGUGCCGAGGCGACAAAGUGCGGUUUAACUUGGGGACGCACGCAUCCAGAAUGACUCAGCUAAAGAAGCAAGCUGCUCUCUCUGGAAUUAAUGGCAGCAUGGAAGGCAACAGUGAAGAGGUCAUCUGGGUCCGCCGUGAAGAUUUCGUACCACCAAGGAAACUGAACACUGAGCUUUAGACAUGCCACUUUCUCGUUAGAUGGUAGGCAUAGAUGUGCCCCCAACCCACCCCUUACACAUUGUGGAGAAUGACCCUAUGGAAUGCACACUUGCACAUACAGUUAUGGCAGCUAAACUGGUUGAAACCACACAGCCUCCCCCCCCCUUCUCUUUUCCCUUAAGGUAAUGCAUAACAGGGGAGGGGGAAGCAAAACAAACUGGAAUGAGCUUGAGUCCUUCUCUGUACAUUACCAAGGGCUUUAUUUAUUUGAAACUAAUCAGGCGCUGCAUAUUGAAAUGGGAUGCAUAGAUCUUACUAGAAUACACAUUGCUGUGGUUGUGUGUAUGUGGUUUUUUUAAAAUAAAAAAAUGCAUCAAAUUUGCUUAAGUUGAUAGCACAAGCAGCAAACAAAUUUUAUAUGUGACAUGUCAAUCAUGGGUUCAUCUUAAGCAAGGAAGCUGCAAUGAAUAAGUCUUUCAGGCCACAGUAUUCUUAUAUCCCCCUUAAACGUUAACAUUUCUCACUCUCGUCCAGCAAGGGAGUUCCAUGCCGAGAAGCAGGCAUCAAUGCAUGGACAUCCCUAAUUUAUGGGAUGCCACAGUUGGCGUUUGAGUGGAGGGGAACAAUCUUUCAUUCAGCAUGGGGUGGACCGGCACUGCGCAUGCACAGCUGAACAGAUAUUUGGGGCUGUCAACUCCGAAUGGUCCAGUCACUUGCUUGGGGAGGGACCAGAACCAGGCUCCCCUUUCUCCCAUCCCUUCACAAGUGAUCAGUACUGACAACACCAAACGUUUGUUUGGCAUGGGAGGUACUUGCACACAGUAGCAUUCACAAAGCUUACUGUCACCAAGGGAGGAUCUCUGGAUCCAGCAACACUAUGUAUAUUUUAGGAACCUGUGAGGGAAAAUCUGAAAUUUAUGUUGUGCCGAGUUCUCUUUGGUCUGUGGCUAGUCUGAUUUAAUGUCAACGUUGGAAGUUCUAGUUUUACAUUAAAAAAAUAAAAUAAAAUUAUAACAAUGCCAAACUCUUUUUUUAUUUGAAAAAGAGAUCCAAAUUUAACACUUGAAAAAGAUAUUUUUUGUAUUUUACCUGAAAUGCAAGGGCACAAAGGGAUGGGGAUUUUACAGUGUUAGCCUGCAAUCUUAUGCACACUUGCUAGGGACUAAGUCUCAUUUGACACAGCAGGACUUAUUUCCGAGUAAAGGUGCAUGAGAUUGUGUUUUUGUUCCAACUCUAGGAUGUAAAGCAACCCUUUUAGAAAGGGUUGAGGAUGUUGGUUUUAUAGUAUAAUUCUAAACUGGAAACUCUUAGGGAUAAUCUUUUUUUCCUUUUUGUAAAAUAAAAAUAAAACUGGACAGCUGUACAUAUUUGAGACUGGAAUUAAGUUAGCAAUGUCAUUAAAUAGCUGAGAAACCAAGAGGGUUAAAUUAAUCCCUGCUGUAAAUUCUGUUGGAAUAGACAGUCUGCAUCUAGGAUGAGUUUGAUCCUCUGUGGUUGAUGAAGUUAGGGCUCAGGAAAAAUUGAACAUUUUGUGGCCAAAAAAACUGACCUCCUCCUAUUAUUAUCCUCUGUGAUACCAGUGUACUUAUUGAUUGCUCCCCUGCCCCAACCCACUGUGGAAUAUGAGCAAUGUUUCAAACAAUAAAACUUCUUUUUUCAAUUAAAAAAUUCUUAUUUAAACAUCUGUAACAGGGUAAAGUUGUGACCGAAAUUUAAAGAUUUCCAAAUAAUUUUUAAAGAGCACUUUUUCUGUUUAAAUAUUUAUAUAGCUUUCCCAUUUUAGUUUUGAUCUGUAGGGGGAAAGGGGGGGGGAGUUUUGUUGUUUGGUUUGGUUUUUUUUUUUUAAAGGGAUCAUUUUUGUAUCUAUUGAUGUUUGACACAUUAGUAGGUACGCUGAAAGACUAAAAUUUUAUAAUAGCUUUAGGGAUUCUAUUUUAUACAAUCAGCUGUGGCUAUAUUUUGAGACAUGAAUGGAAAAUGUUACCGGGUGUGCAGCACCAGCUGCCUCCUGUCCCAGCCAAUAUUGGAGUCUCACCUGCACUAUAUUCAGUGUUUUGAAAGUUUUAUUGUCUUUAACUUUUGCAAUCUCUUCAUUGUUUUCUUAAAAAGCUUUAGCAAGGUUUUUACGCCCUGUGUUAUCUCACUAUAUUUAAAUUCAAGUCGGUUGUGUACCAAUUUAUUAGACAUGACAAUGUUUUAGCUGUCCCCAGUAGAAUACAAUAAGCUUGUCAAAUGCUGGACGUCCUGUGCUUGGAGGGUGCCAUUGUUCUUGUACAUAACGUCAUGAACUGUCAAUGUCAAAGGUUCUUAUAUAUUUCUUUUAUAAGCUGAAAGAAGGUCUAUUUUUAUGUUUUUAGGUAUAUGAAUGGAACGUUGUAAAUGCCUGUCAAAUAAAACAAUACGGGGGAAAAUAUUGGAAUAGCGUUGUCAUGGCUGCGUGUGGCUAUCCUGGUCUCCUUCAGUAUAGACUGCUGCGUUUGCCUAACGAAAAAACACCAGCACAACCCAGACAAGCCUAAGCAUUCUUAAAAUUCUGAAAGCACGUUUCAGCUCAUGUUUAGGUCGCCUAUUGAAACCGAUGAGACUUAGGUCGGCUUUAACUUCAGCCGAGGUGACCCCCUCAUUUCAAAUAUCAACACACACCUGUUUCUUGAUUCCAACAUAUGUAGCACAAUACAAGUCCUCUUGGCUGAACGUUGAAUUUCUAGCAGAUCUGGUCCUGAUUUGGCACUGCAGGUCAGUCGUGACUCAAAGUUUCAACUGUGCUGUCCUUUUGUAAGAGGAUGUUGGGUGACAUAAGAGUGCUGCACACCAGCAACAGUUUCCCCACGAACAGGGCAGGCUUGCACACUCAAAUUCCCUAAGUCUUGUGAACAAACAAGAGAGGUGCACAGGCUAUAGGUAUGCAUAAACACCUAUUUCAUCCUUUUCUUCAUCAAUCAUCCUUGUUUUAAGGACCGCUGUGGCAUGAGACCCCUUUCUGCCAAACAAGCUGAGUGUGAACCGUGGGAGACUUUGUGGGUGGGUGGUCUUCUGGGAGAGUUAGCUGAACGGAAUGGGGUUGCAUUCACUCUGAAGGAGAAGAGAUGUAGCAUGGGAAUACUUCUUGAACCACCAUUGUCAUUUGAAGCUCUGUUAGCUUUCUCAGCUCCAGACAUUCCUGGAUAGGGAUAACCUGACCACUGUGGUUCAUGUGCAGGUAACCUCAAGGCUGGAAUGUUGCAAUGCGCUCUAUGUGGGGCUGCCCUUGGGUCUGGUCCGGAAGCUUCAAUACUAUGGGACGCGGGUGGUGCUGUGGGUUAAACCACUGAGCCUAGGGCUUGCCAAUCAGAAGGUUGGCGGUUCAAAUCCCCGCGACAGGGUGAGCUCCUGUGGCUUGGUCCCAGCUCCUGCCAACCUAGCAGUUCGAAAGCACCUCAAAUUGCAUGUAGAUAAAUAGGUACCGCUACAGCGGGAAGGUAAACGGCGUUUCUGUGCGCUGCUCUGGUUCUCCAGAAGCGGCUUUGUCAUGCUAGCCACAUGACCUGGAAGCUGUACGCCAGCUCCCUCGGCCAAUAACCAAGAUGAGCGCCGCAACCCCAGAGUCUGUCACGACUGGACCUAAUGGUCAGGGGCCCCUUUACCUUUACCUUUUACUAUGGCUAGACUGGUGCUGGGAACUGAUCUCCAGCACAUGGCACUGGGGUUAAAAAACCUGCACUGGCUUCCUAUCUGCUACCAAACUAAGUCCAAUGUUUUUCUACUAGCCCUGAAUAACAUAGGCCCAGGAUACCUUUAAGGGCCACCUUGCCCUGCACACUCUAAGACUAUCACUGAAAUCAUUGGGGAGAGCACAAAUAAGUUGUUCCCUAUGGGCCGGAAGCAUGACUCAUGCCAUCAAGGAACUGUGCUUUCAGUGCUGUGGGCCCAUCUCAUCCCUACUGAAUUUUGUACACGUUAUAUUUUAAGACACUUUGAGAACCAUGUGUCGAAAAGCGACCCUCCCCUCUUUUAGCAAUUAAAUUGGCAGCUUAUCAAUUCUGCUACUUUUCUUCCAUUUCCAGGUCCUCCUAUCUAUGGUGGGGAGGAUACAGCUGAUCAUUUUGCCACACAUUUGCACCUGAUCUAUAGUAAAAGUCUCCUUACUGCUUGACAGGACAAUAGGAUUCUCUCCAGGAAGAUAGACUGCCUGUCUGGGCUCGCAGACCCUUUGAGUUCUCUGGGCAAGCACCACAACACAUCUGCGCUUUUAUCUGCUAACUGGUAGCAAGCAAUUCAAAAUAUUGAAUUGGCUGUUCCUGUCCAAUUAACAAAAGGUAAUUGUCCACAACAUAUUUCAAGGGCAACAGGGUUUUGUGGGAUUUCCACUUGUGCAAUGGGACUUUACCUGUGUGCUCCUAAAUUUGUUUUGGGAUUCCCCUCAACUCUCCAGAGCAGAUAUGGGGAGGCGGCAGGGUAUGCAAGGGAGAGAAGAGGAGGAGAAGUCCAAUAGUGCAAGUGGGAAUCCCAAAUGCUUACUUUGCAUUGCAUUGGAUACAAGCCACUCUUUUUCAACUUCCAUUGAACUAAUCUCAUUUUGGUGAAUUGCCUCCUUUGAAAUUCGUUGUGUAUUGUUCACCAUCGGCAUGGAUUUUGGCUAAUAUAAUUGCACCAAACAUUGAUUUAUAAAUCAAUCAACCAUACAAAGACAAAUUUGAUUUAACAGGGAAGUAUUAGUGAGAGGAGGUUACAAGGUAAGUGUAAUCCAGUAACUUGCACCUGGUCCACACAGUAAUCAUGAUGUUUAUACAGGCAUUCCCCUUGGUUCACAGGUGCUGUGGCUGACAUUUGAUAAACAAUAGGGAAUCCAAGCAUAUUUUGGCUUUUAGAUUUUCUGUCUAAAAGUUGCCACUUUUCUUCAAAUACUUUGAAAACACAUUAAUAACAAAAUUCUCUUUCCAGUUUUCACUCUUCUGUUAAAUUAAUGAAAGAACUGGAUCAGACCAGAGGCCCAGUUCAUCUAGCAUUCUGGUACCAAUCCUGAAUUAAGUGUCUGCACAGUAGAUGUUCAAGUCUGCCCUUCUGGUAUCUCCUCUGUUCUACCUGAUGCAUAAUCUGACAUCUGUUUCAUAAAACUUGAGUCAAUUUCAAGAACAUCCUAUAUAGGUACCUAUAUCUAAGCACUGGGGGAGCAGCUGUUGGGACAAAAAAGACGGUGUGUGUGUGUGUGUGUGUGUGUGUGUGUGUGUGUGUGUGUGUAGAUGCACAGCUCUAAACAGAGUCUUUGAACAGCAGCCUGCUUCCAGAGGUAAGCCAGCUGGAUGCCAUGCUACAUCUGUACAACCAGAAAGGAGUGGAUUUCCAGAUUCCUUGCUUGUCUGCUACUGAAGGGACAUGCAAUUUGAUUCAAGUUGGUGUCAAUGAAGUUUGCUGAGCUAAUAUGUGCCACUGUCUAUUCUACAUAUUUUUUUUUAAAUGAAACAAUCUCAACUUUUAAUUAAAGCACAUACUAUAUGCCAGGUGCCAUGGGGCUUUACUGAGGACCUCUGUGUAUUGAGGGCUGGAUCACUGCUCUGUAUGCCCCCAGGACUGCUGGUUAGAAAAGAGAAAUGGAGACAGUUGAAAAUGAAACAUUUGCUCAACAGCCCAGAAUCCUCCCUUGAGGAACCGUGUGACCCCAGAGGGCCAGAUUCUUGCCUCUCUCUGAUAAAAAGCUGCCCUCCAUCGGUCUGAGUAUUUUAUCAGAGAGCAAGGCCAACAGGUUAUCUUUCUACAUUAACAGGCUAAUGGUUUUCUAUUGGCCUGGAUGUCUAUACAGUAGAAAUGUUUGGUAGCAUUUUUCUUCCCAGUCAUUGUCCUUCAUUUUCAUUGUCCCUUCGUAACUCGAGCCUCUAAAAGCCUCUCAAACAGCCAAUUUUGUGCAAAUGUCACAAAUUUCUUUUGCUAAUUGGUGUUUUUUUUAAAGGGUGGCAGCAAUGGGAGUGUUUUCUGAUCUUGCUAUUUUAUUAUCUGCUUUUAAUAAUUCUGCACUACUCUUUUUUUCAAUGAAGUCAACUGCGUGCAUAACAGUGCAUAGGUCAAGUAGCCAAAUGUGUUGACCCGAAAAGGCAAGCUGGUCUGGAAGCCUCGCUUGCAGCAUAUUGAUGGUCAAGAUGACCCCUGCCUAACUGCUAGCAGCUGUAGCACUGAGCUCAUAUGUGUUUCACAUGCUUUGAUGUAGCCCCAGGCAUAGCUAGAGGGGGAGGUAAUGGUUAAUACCAUCCACCUGUGUUCCCAGGUGACGUAGCCUGGCAGGGCCUUUGUGUAUCUUCGCUUGAGUGCAGACAAGUAAUCUCCUUGCUGUGAAGUCCAUCCUGCAGAAUGCUGUGAUUGGGGCAAGGAGGGAACUGUUGGACCUUUGUUGUAAGUUUGUAACCUCCUUUAAUAAAUUGUUAGAGCCGAUGCAGCUUUAUUUGGAAUCCCUGCAUUUCUGAACUCCUGUGAGUCCACCCAAGCUAAGAUGCCAAGUUAAUAAGAUAAGAGCUAGUGUUAUUUUUGAAUGCUGGAAAAUGUGUAGAACACAUUUACAUCAUAGCUGUCAAGUUUUCCCUUUUCUCGUGAGGAAGCCUAUUCAGCAUAAGGAGAACUUGACAGCUUGGUCAAAGCAUUAAAUGUGAAUUUUGAUGCCAAACAUACUUGUGGUUGUAAAAUUUACAACCCUGUAGUUUACAAUUUUCUGAUUUAAUAGAUUUAUUGCUGCAUAGUAAUUUCACGUGGAAAGAAAGAUUUGAUGACACUUAAGAUUAAUUGGGAACAUUUAUCUUGUAUGGCCAGAAGGGGGCAGUCCUUCCUUAAGAAAAAUGUGUAAAACCUUUAUUUAUUUAUUUGUAAAAUGUAAGCACAGUGCUAUUUGGGUUUUGAUCAAAAUUAAAUUAAAACAGAGGCCUUUUCUGCUUAUUUGGAUGUUGUAUUUGCCACUGGAACAGAAUACAGAUAGAUAUAGAACAAUGAUCCGUCUAGGUUGCAUUUGAAUUUUGCGUCAUUCAAUCAGGAAAAAGCAAUUUUAAGGGAUGGAUUUAGAUUUGCUUUUAAUUUGAGGAAGAUUAAAACUUUUAAUUAACUCUCUAAUACCUCCUUUAGGAAUGGAGCUCCUUUCUAGUCUUUUAAUCACUAAUCACAAAAUGGCCUAAUCGCGUUUGAUGUAAUAAUACCAGUUUAAAGCAGCUGACUUCUUAGGGACGUAGUGAACUGCCUUAUACCAGGUCAGGCUAGUUGUCCAAUUAUUCCUCUGUUCUCUGCUGUGACUGCAAUGCUCUAGGGCAGGGUUGGUGAACAUGUAGCACAGCAACAUCUGUAGGGCCAAAACUCCCGUUAUUUAUAUCCAGUGGUAACUCAGAAGUCGAACAGAACCCGUUCCAGAAGUCCAUUCGACUUCCAAAAUGUUCAGAAACCAAGGCACAGCUUCCGACUGGCUUCAGGAAGCUCCUGUGGCCAAUCAGAAGCUGUGGAAGCUGCGUCAGAUAUUCGGGUUCCAAAGAACGUUUGCAAACGGGAACACUCACUUCCAGGUUUGCGGCGUUUGGGAGCCAAAACGUUCGACUCACAAGUCAACCAAGGUAUGGCUGUAUUCAUUUCCUUUAUGAAUAUACAGUGGUACCUCAGGUUAAGAACUUAAUUCAUUCUGGAGGUCUGUUCUUAACCUGAGGUACCAGUUUAGCUAAUGGGGCCUCCCGCUGCUACCACGCUGCUGCCGUGCAAUUUCUGUUCUCAUCCUGAAGCAAAGUAACCUGAAGCGUCUGUAACCCGAGGUACCACUGUAUAUUUACAAAGCGGUAAAAACACACACAGAAGAAUUGAUUGUGUAAAGACAGCUAAAACAUUUUCACACAUGAAAACAAUCUCUCACACACAUAUACACAUACACACAUGUAUCUGAAGAAGCGUGCAUGCACACGAAAGCUCAUACCAAAAUAAAAACUUAGUUGGUCUUUAAGGUGCUACUGAAGGAAUUUAUUUAUUUAUUUAUUUGUUUGUUUCGACUCAGACCAACACGGCUACCUACCUGUAAUCUGAUGGGAUGUUAUUUCUUAGGCUUUGGACCUAGAUGGUCAAUAUUCACCAUCCACGCCAGCUUGGCAAAUAUAGAUGUCUCAGUUCAUACUGAUAUGUUACAACUUCCUUUUCUUAUUAUUUAUUCAUUGUUUGCUUUACAUAUGGUAUGAUAUAAUAUCCUGCCACUGCACUUUUGGGCUGUUAGUAAUGUCAAUGAAAAUAUAUAAAAACACAUGUAUAGCAAGAUACAUAUAUCCACAAUUUAAAAUGUGCCGCCUCCGUGAGCGGUCCAGAGGGUGGCAACAUGAGAACGGGCCUUCUCUGCAGUGGCUCCCCAUCUGUGGAAUGUGCUCCCCAGGGAUGUUCACCUGGUGCCUUCAUUCUACACCUUUAGGCACCAGGCAAAAAUUGUUCCUUUAAAACCAGGCUGAU